UUUGUCUAUGGUAAUAUUAUUUUAUAUGUAUAUGAAUACUACAUAUCAGAUGUCUUCAGAUAGUUAGAGAAAUAUCGUGAAAUUAUCAAUAUUAUUCACUAAACGAAACAUGCAAUAUUUCUUAUUAUUUCUUCUAAUAAGUGUGACAAUCCAUUGGUCAAUUGCACCACCUGUUAAUCAAAAAAAAGAUAAGGAUCAUGAUAAAAAUGAUGAAGUUGAAGAUGUGGAAGAAGUGGUAGAUAUGGAGUACCGUAGGUACCUAAUGGAAGUUGUUCAAGCAUUAGAAAGUGAUCCUGAAUUUCAAGCAAAAUUAGAAAAUGCAUUGGAUUCAGAUAUACGUACAGGGAAAAUAGCUGAAGAACUACAAUUUGUAAAUCGUAAUGUUAGAACAAGAUUGGAUGAAAUAAAAAGAGAAGAAUUAGAAAGAUUAAGACAUCUUGCAACCAAAGAAAAUGAAUUGAAGAAUGGUUUAGAUGUUGACCAUUUAAAAAUACCUGAACAUUUAGAUCAUACUAAUACACGUACAUUUGAAAUUCAAGAUCUAAAGAAAUUAAUUGCUAAGACUACUAAAGAUUUAGCAAAAGCUGAUAGAAAGAGACGAGAGGAAUUUAAACGGCAUGAAAUGGAAAAACAGUAUAAAGAAAAAGAAAAAUUAAAACAAAUGAAUGAUGCAGAGAAAAAGAAGUAUGAAGAAGAAUUGCAAACAAUGAAAGAAAAGCAAAAAAAACAUGAACCUGUACAUCAUCCAGGAAGUAAACAACAAUUAGAGGAAGUAUGGGAAAAACAAGAUCAUAUGGAAAAUGAAGAAUUUAAUCCUAGAACAUUUUUUUUCUUCCAUGAUGUUGAUGGUAAUGGAGUAUGGGAUCAAGAUGAAGUUAAAGCUUUAUUUUUGAAAGAAUUGGAUAAACUUUAUGCUCAAGGAGCACCACAAGAUGAUUUUUUAAAACGAGCUGAAGAAAUGGAAAGAAUGAGAGAACAUGUAUUCAAUGAAGCUGAUCUCAAUAAAGAUGGUCUUAUUAGUUAUGAAGAAUUCUUGGAACAAACAAAAAAACCAGAUUUUCAACAAGAUGAAGGAUGGUUAGGAUUAGAUGAACAACAAAUUUAUACUCAGGAAGAAUUUGAAGCUUUUGAAAGACACAAGCAAGAAGAGAUGCAAAAAAUGAUUGCUAAAGGAAUGCUACCACCACACCCAGGUAGUAUACCGGCACAAUCCGAGCCGUUUCCAUCACAAUAUGGACAUGCACCAGUUGCACCUGGAUUAAUUCCACCUCAAGUAGAUUCAAAUCAAAAUAUUCUACAUCAGCAACAAUUUCAAAAUCCACAAUAUCAGCAACAGCCACAAAUUGUAAAUCCUCAAAUUCAUGAUCAAAUUCAACAACAACAACAGUUUCAAAGACAAAUACCGAAUCAACAAUAUCAAUAUGUGCAACUACCUCAAGAACAAAAUCCUGUUCAACAGUUACAUUCUGCACCUAUACCAAAUCAACAAAAUCAAGGACAAGUUUUGGUUCAACCUCACCAAUCUUUAGGUCAACAAGUACAAAUUCCAAUUCAACAGAAUGAACAUCCAAAUUUGCAACAACAGCAAAUAAAUCAAAUACCACAAAAUAUUAACGUGCCACAGCAAAAUAAUCAAAAUCAGCCGAAUUUGCAAUCUACACAGAUUCCUACACAACAAGAAAUUAAUAAAGUACCAACUGAUCAGAAAGUAUAAUUUUAUUUCUAAUAACAGGUAAUAUUUUUAAAUCAUAUAAUAUGACAAAAAAUUAGUCAAGAUAUGACAAGAAAGACGAAGCAUUUAAAAAAAAAAAGUUCAAAUUUUUUUUAUCAUUUUAUAUUUUUCCAUAUCUUUCUUCGUUUUCGUUUUUCUCAUUAAUUCUAGCAUCUGUAUGUAUACAGAACGCUAAUCCUACGUUUCAUGAAAGAUUGAAUUAUUAAUUUUUCGCAUUUAUCAUAAAAUAUAAAUAAAAAUAUUUGAAAGAAAC